ACACACGGGCGACGCAAACGUUAAACGCGAAAAGAGAGGAAAAAAUCUAAAAUAAUAAUAAUGAAAUAAAAUUCGUCGGCAACCCCCGAACUAGGACGACGACGACCGCCGCCACCGCCAUCGGCAACGCGCCGUGAUCCUAUCGUCGUGCGCGCGAAAUUAUUACUACUAUUAUUAUUAUUAUUAUUAUUAUUAUUAUUAUUAUUUUUAUUACUAUUAUUACUACCGCCGUUGCAGUUAUAUCAUUACUGUUUAUUUAUUUCGACGUUUUAUUUUAAAUAGUACGCGCGCGUCCGAGCGUCCGGUCGGACACGUCCAAGACACGUCGUAUAUCGUUCCGCUAAUAUAUUAUAUUAAUACGACACGUCUCACGUUAUACGGAGUACAAGUGUACCCGUACACGCCUAUACCGGAGGAGGCCAGCGAAUCAUCCGAUACUCGUACGUACAGUUACACCUAUAGCGAUACAUACGGAUCGCAUAAUUGUUGUUAUUUAUACGAGCGCACGCGAUUCCCAUUCAACGGCGGUGCGACGGGGAAAACGUAAUAAUAUUACUAUAAUAUCGUCGCCGUAAUAUCGUACGCGGCCACCGGCGUUCGAUCCGCGCGCGCCCAGUCCGCGCGCCCGUCCUCGUCGCGCAGUCACGUCCGUCACCGGCGCGUGCACCGUACUCGUCGCGUGUCCGUCCGUCCGUUGUCUCGCCGCGCGCCGAUCAUAACUACUGCGCCCGGGGUUAUGGACGUGGCGGCGUUGGCCGCGGCGACCGAGACGACGACCGAGACGACCAACUCCGCGGCCACCGCGGCAGCUGCUGCUACGGCGGACUUGGCCACCGCAGAUACGGCGAGUACCGCGGCGAGAGCGACGACGACAGCGACAGCGACAGCGUACACGAACAGUUGUGAUUGUGAUAAUACGGCCGCGCUACGCCCACCCAAGGUUCGCGUCAGAUCGUCGUCUUAAGAGGAUACGCGAGUGGGGCCGCACAGCCGAGACUUGAUCGCAGGUGCAGCACGCGUAUCAUCACUGCUGCAGUAGCCGUGUAAUAGUCGCGACACGACGUCGCAAUGCCGGAACAGAGCAACGAUUACCGAGUGGUGGUCUUCGGGGCGGGCGGCGUGGGAAAGAGCUCGCUGGUGCUCCGGUUCGUCAAGGGCACAUUCCGCGAGUCGUACAUACCGACCAUCGAGGACACGUACCGGCAGGUGAUCAGCUGCAACAAGAACAUCUGCACGCUGCAGAUCACCGACACGACGGGGUCGCAUCAGUUCCCCGCCAUGCAGCGGUUGUCCAUGUCCAAGGGCCACGCGUUCAUACUGGUGUACUCGUGCACGUCCAGACAGUCUCUCGAGGAACUCCGACCCAUAUGGCAGGUCAUAAAAGAGACCAAAGGUGCGUCGGAGCUUCCGUCAAUACCAAUCAUGUUGGUAGGCAACAAAUGUGAUGAGAAUGACACUCGAGAAGUUUCAGCUGAAGAAGGUGAUGCUGAGGCUCGACGGUGGGGCUGUCAUUUCAUGGAAACGUCAGCCAAGACCAACCACAACGUUAAGGAGCUGUUUCAGGAGCUUCUCAAUCUGGAGAAGAAUAGGAACAUAUCGCUGCAGCCUGAAAAAAAGUCCAUGCGUGGCCGUAAGAUACGGGAGAAAUGCGCGCUUAUGUAGUAGUAUAUUAUGUACUACCAAGACACGCUCAUCGGACAUGGGGAUAUAGUUUUACAUUCGUGUUGUUUAAGUUUCAUAAAAUAAUUUUCCUUUUGUUAAGUCACAAUUCAUUGAGAAUUAUUAUAAAAUGUCACAGUAAAAAUCAAAUUAAAAUUUUUUAUUAGUGAGACUGAUAAGCGCUGACAACACCAAUUUAUUUAGAUUAGAACUUUAGAGCGAUGUUACAACACAACUAUACCGUGGACUUUUUUGGAGGUGCAAAUAUAAAAAUGAAUUUCAGUUGUAUAUGUCAUAGACAUAUAUAACUAGCAAAGAUAUAGUGCAUAGGAUUUACUUUGUAUAUAUUAUCUAUAAUAAUUACUAUAUCAGUCAGACAGGGAAUAUGAAUAAUGGUGAAUACUUUUGUGGAAUCAGUUUUCACAGUACAAUAGAAUUAACAUUUGUUUGAGUAAUUAUGUAUGCAGUACUUCAUACGUGUUUGAUUUGUGCAGUGAUUAUUUGAGAGAAA